GAGUUUCUUGGAGAUGCUGUCUUGGAUUACUUAAUUACAUCAUAUCUUUAUUCAGCUUAUCCAAAGUUGAAGCCUGGUCAAUUGACAGAUUUGAGAUCUUUGUUUGUGAAUAGUGAGGCGUUUGCCAAUCUUGCACUAGAACGAUCCUUCCACAAAUUUCUUAUAUGUGAUUCCAGUAGCCUUACUGAGGCAAUUGAGAUGUAUGUGGCUGCUGUUAAAAUGCAAGCGCCUGAAGGGAGUCUUCUUGAGGGGCCAAAAUGUCCGAAGGCUAUGGGUGACUUGGUAGAGUCUUCUCUGGGUGCCAUUCUUCUUGAUUCAGGGUUUAAUCUGGAGCUUAUGUGGACGAUAAUGCUUUCCUUUUUGGAUCCAAUCAUGAGGUUCUCCAGUUUGCAGAUUAGUCCUUUCAGGGAACUGCAAGAACUUUGCCAAUCUUAUAAUUGGGAUCUACAGUUUUUAACAUCAGAGAAGGGUGGAAUGUCUCUUGUUGAAGCACAAGUGAAUGGAAAAGAUGUUUGUGCAACUGCCUCUGCAACAUACGGAAACAAGAAAGAUGCUAUUAGGAUCGCUUCACGAAAAAUAUCCACAAUUUUGAAGGUGGGUCAAACAAAGCGACGGCAAGAUCACGAUUGUAUGAAAUCUGUGCUGCUAACUGUUGGAAAGCCCCUCUAUUUGAAUGUUGCAGAGAGGAAGGACCAAGCCACUUAAAGUUAUUCACUUUCAAGGUGAUUGUGGAAAUAGAAGCCCAGAUGUUAUUUUGGAGUGCUUGGGAACACAGCAGUCAAAAAAGAAAGAUGCAGCAGAGCAUGCAGCAGAAGGAGCUACAAACUCGAAGGUACAACUUUUUAUAUAUAUAUAUAUAUACAUAUACAUAUAAAAACUAGAAGCUAUUUUAGGAAACUACCUUCGAUUUUUGUUUUGUAGUUCUUGUUCUUCUACCACAUGAAUAUGCUGGAAUUUGCAUGGAUGAACCAUCACAAAAUACUUGAGGCUAAAUAAUCAUAUUUUCAUUCAUAUGAAGCUUAAGUUAAAUACAAAAUAAAAAUAACUACUUUACAUAACUGCUCCUCCAUACACUUGAAAGAAAUUUGAAGUCAACCACCAUCGAUGUCAACGUUAAGAAAACCCUACCAGCUGCCCCG